AUGGUCCCCUCAGUUGAUGGUCGCCUUGCUAUCCUCGCUACCUUACUUAUUUCCUUUGCUGUCAUCACUGCCCUCAGGCGGUUCGUUGAGAAUAGACGAAACAGGCCUCCCCUUCCUCCUGGCCCAGUGCCGCUCCCACUAAUAGGGAAUGUCUUAUCUAUCGACGCUAAAGAACCUUGGUUGACUUAUACUCGAUGGCGUGCUGUUUAUGGGGAUCUGGUCUUCGUGCGGAUUCUAGACCAGGACGCGGUCGUGAUCAAUUCUCAGCAUGUUGCACAAGCCUUAAUGGACAAGCGGUCUCGGAUUUACUCUGAUAGACCAUACUUAGCCACAGUCAAGCCAUAUGGCUGGUCGAUCAACUUUGCGUUCAUAGCUUAUGGUGAUGAAUGGCGUCUUUCCCGACGACUCUUCCACCAAACUUUCCGUCCCGAGUCUGCAGUAAAGUUCCGCCCAAUACAGAUGAGACGGGCUCGUGAGAUGAUCGUCAAUCUAAUCGAUGAACCCCAACAUUAUCAUACCCACUUCGCAACAUUCUCGUCCUCUGUUGCGAUGUCAGUUGUAUACGACUACCAGCUCAGUGCUCGUGAUGAUCCUCUGGUUCGAAUCGCGGAACAUGCACAGGCUCUUGGCCUUGUCAUGUUGACCCCAGAGAGAGCAAUUUUGCUCAAAACUUUCCCCUUCUUAUUGAAAUUGCCUGACUGGUGCUGGGGAUCUUCAAUCAAACGCGAUGCUCAAGCUUCGACCAAUGCCUUGAAUGAAAUGGCGGACGUGCCGUUUCGAUAUGCGCAGCAGCAUAUGGCCGAAAACUCGUUCCUUGACCAGUGUUCGAUGGUCCCAGAAAAUUUGAAACGGAUGGAGAAGCAAGAUCAAGCAUCCAAACCAAUAUUUGAGGCCGCCUUAAAGAAAGCAGCUACAUCUGCUAUCAUGGGUUCAAUUGAGACGACUACUUCAACCUUGAUGGCUUUUGCUUUCGCCAUGAUGUCUUACCCAGAUGUUCAAAGACGCGCACAAGCGGAAAUAGACUCGGUGGUUGGACGAGAUCGCUUACCUACCUUUGAGGACAGGGCAUCACUACCCUACGUCGAAUCAGUUCUGCGGGAGACUUGGCGAUGGCACCCUAUUACGCCCCUUGGCGUAGCACAUGCCGUCUCGAGUGAUGAUAUUUACGAAUGGUUACUUCAUCCCAAAAGGAGCAUUUCACGAGAUGAAAAGCGGUACCCCGAAGCAUCUCGUUUUAUGCCAGAGAGGUUUAUUGACGUCAACGGUGCGUUGACGGAUGAUGACCCCGCGGAAUACGUUUUCGGCUUAGGCCGGCGUGGAUGUCCAGGUCGGUAUGCCGCGGAUGCUUCUGUGUGGUCUGCUAUUGUAACCAUGUUGGCCACGGUCAACUUUUCUUCUGCCAAGGAUGACCAGGGCAAUGUGAUCAACUUUACCCCUCAAUUCACGACGGGACUGGUUCACUCUGUUAUGGCCUUCCCUUGCAGUAUUUUACCACGUUCUCACAUCCGUUCGGAACUUGUGGAUGUGGAUGUUUGA